AUGAGCAUCCCCGUUGUCAGCAUCGACUGGCUGCUGAAGACCAAAGAGACCAACGCCCGACAACCCGAGAAGGAUUACGCUCUGGACUUGUCCUCCUUGGAUGCCGCAAGCGACGCUUCCGUGGCUGACGCAGAUACUGCCUCCCAGACCAACGGCGAUGACACCAGAGGCACCAAGAGAAAGAGAUCGCCGUCGCCAGCGCAGGAUGGCGCCAAGGCUGAUGGUGAGGAGGAGGACACUCUGAAAAGGUCCAAACUCGAAACCAAAAGGGCCAUGGGCGAGGGUCAAAUCUUGAAAGACAAGACUGUGCAGAUCCCUGUGGACGCCGGCGCUCCAUAUGGCUACGCCGUUCAUGUUGAUUCUGAUGGUCUUCUGACGCAGCAGAACGACCGGUGCGCUGUCUGGACGCGCUGGGGGCGUGUCGGAGAAUCCGGCCAGCACGCGCUCAUCGACUGCCCGUCUCUCCAAGAUGCCCUGCAAACUUUCGAAAAGAAGUUCAAGGACAAGUCGGGAUUGCUCUGGAGCAACCGAGGCGAUAACCCCAAGCCCAAGAAGUAUGCCUUCGUCGAGGUGAACUAUAAGUAUGAAUCCGAUGACGAAGAGGAAGCGGGGGGCGGCGCGGCCACGAAAGAAGAGAAAGAGGACCAGAAGCCUCUCAAAUGCACACUCCACCCUUCAGUGGCUAAGCUCAUGGAACUCAUCUUCAACCAGCAGUUAAUGGACAACACCAUGGCGGCACUUAAGUACGAUCGCAACAAGUUACCAUUGGGAAAGCUCAGCAAGGCCACCAUUAUGCGCGGCUUCCAGGCGCUUAAGAAUCUUUCUGAGUUGUUCGCCGAUCCCACCAAAGCUUCCCAGUAUGGUCUGCCGUACCAGCAAGCGGUUGAGCAUUUGUCAAACACCUAUUACUCCGUAAUUCCGCAUGCGUUCGGUCGUGAGCGACCACCUGUCAUUGCGACCGACGAGCAGUUGAAGCAGGAAAUCGAGCUGCUUGAGAACUUGAGCGAUAUGAAGGAAGCUAGCAACAUCAUGAGAAUCGACAAGACUCAGUUCGAUGUCCAUCCCCUGGACAGACAGUACCAAGGCCUCAAGAUGCAGGAGAUGACGCCUUUGGAUCGGGCUUCCACCGAGUUCGCCCAACUGGCAGACUACCUGGUCGAGACACGGGGUAAUACUCACGGUCUCAACUACCAAGUGGAGGAGAUAUUCCGUAUCGAGCGCCAGGGCGAGUUCGGCCGGUUCGACCAGAGUGACUAUGCCGACGGCAAGAUGAAGCUCAAGAAGAAUCGCAAGCUUUUGUGGCACGGCUCCCGCUCCACCAAUUUCGGCGGUAUUCUCAGCCAGGGUCUCCGCAUCGCGCCGCCGGAAGCGCCCGUCAAUGGCUACAUGUUUGGCAAGGGCGUCUAUCUGGCGGAUAUGUCCAGUAAAUCGGCCGGCUACUGCUGUGCAUAUCUCUCCAAUGGCACGGCACUCCUCUUGCUCUGCGAGGCUGAGCUUGGCGACCCCAUCCAGGAGUUGACUGGUGCCGAUUACAAUGCUGGAGAGCACGCCAAGCAGAACGGGAUGCUCUCCACGUGGGGUAAGGGAGGAACUGGCCCGUUGAAGUGGAAGGAUGCUGGCGUUGUGAACCCGGCACUGCAGGGGGUGAUGAUGCCCGACACCUCGGUCAAACCAGGCAACACAAACGUCCCGGGCUGUUCUCUGUUGUACAACGAGUACAUUGCGUAUGAUGUUGCCCAGAUUCGUCUGAGAUAUCUUUUCCGUGUCAAGAUGGCUUAAUUCCCUUUCGUUUCUUUAUCGUCGAUCUGGGUUGGGGGUUGGGGUAUUGCGCGGAGUUUCGGAGUUGAAUGGAGGAGAUGGAAAAGUUGGUCUUUCGUACCUUGGUUGGGGUCCCUUGUGGGUUUCAUUGCUCUUUGUUGUUAUUGCCUGGUUACCUCUAAGGAUUUACGAGAUUAAUGUACUUUAAAAGCUGGGUCCUGCGAUGUCUGCAAGAUGCUUUUCAAGGAAUAAGCACCAGACCUCUUCAAAAGUGCUUGCUACGAGCUUUUCGGUUCGGUAUAUAGAGCAAAUAUACGCCUUUUCUCA